AUGAUGAUGAAGUACCCUUUUGAUAAAAGGAAGCAUGAGGAUAUACGAUCUCAACUUCGAGAAUUCAACGCAGAAUUGCUUGGGUAUUUGCAAUUGAUUAAUCUUGAUGUUUCUCGGGACAUAAGAACCCAAAUGGUAUCUGACUCCGUCCAAGUUGCCACAGCCAUUAAGGUAGUAGAAGGACUAGAAAUCGGCGUUGGCCAGUUAGGAGCAUCGGUGCAGCAAGGCCUUCAAAGGACGGAGGAUGUGGCCAAUUCUAUGGCUAUCGGCUUUCGUGGCCUAUCGGAUGAAUUUCGAGACGGACAGGAACGACAAUCAGCGACUCUUACGCAAAGCCUAGAUUUAAUUAUCGGAAUGUUACAAACUCGGGAUUCAACAGAGAAAAACUUGCAUUCGUCCAACACGAACAGUCCCAACAGGAAUGGGGAUGUUGGACGUCCUUCGUUAGGGGUGCCUAUAAAAAGCGUGCACUGCGAUUGUCCAGGAGCGCGGCAUGGACGCCCAGCUAUGCAACAUCGUAAAUGGUGCCCAUAUUCAUUUACAAAUCGGAACAAAUGGGUGUUUAAUUUGAACCUAGUAGCCCUCCGGCGUCAAAUUACAGCCAAAUGGCGACUUGAAUACUCGCCGUUAGCCUGGACGCGCGACUGGAAAAUCUACCCCAAUCUGACAGUUCGAGCUACAGUAACAGAAGAUGCCCCCGCGUUUCUGGCGUUAAAUCAAAUACGUUCCAUUCCCGAAGAUGCCACAUAA